AUGGAUGAAGACUAUUAUUUAGAUGACAAUUACUCAUUUGAAUACCCUAAUGAAACCAACGUCUGUGAAAUGGGUGACUAUUUCACAUUUAACAUCUAUCUCACUGCUGUCCUCUACAUUCUGGUAUUUUUCCUCAGUCUGCUAGGAAACACUUUGGUGUUAUGGAUCCUAUUGAAAUACGAAAACCUUACAUCUUUAACAAACAUCUUCAUCAUGAAUCUCUGUAUCUCUGAUUUAGUCUUCUCCUGCAUGCUGCCUUUUUGGGUAGUGGACCAGUCCUUUGGAUGGAUUUUUGGUGAGUUCCUUUGCAAAGCAUCAAAUGCUAUUUUCUCCAUUGGCUACUACAGUGGUGUUUUCUUUUUGACUCUCAUGACUAUCCUGAGGUAUUUGUUUGUAGUGAACCCCCUUUCAACUCUGAGAUCCCAGACACAAUGCUGCGGUGUUCUGGUGUCCUUGGCUGUCUGGACUGUUAGCAUCUUAAUUGUGGUUCCUGAGGUGAUUCACACCACAGUGCAAGAAGACUUGGAAGAGCACAGGUUCUGUGAUUAUGCCGAUGGGAACUGGAAAAAGGUGGACAUUUACGUGAGAAAUGUACUCUUCCUGUUUUCCUUUGGAGUCAUCAUAUUCUGUUACUUCAAGAUACUCAUAAUCCUGCUUAGAGCAAGAUCUCGCAGAAAGCAGAGAACUGUGAGACUCAUCCUCAUUAUUGUGGUGGCUUUUUUCCUGUGCUGGGCACCCUACAACAUCCUCAGCUUCCUGACUACUUUUCCACCACCUACCUGUCAGUAUGCGAAAGACUCCAGCCUUGCCUUUCACAUCAGCCGUAAAAUUGCUUUCUCCCACUGCUGCCUCAACCCUGUGCUCUAUGUAUUUGUUGGAGUCAAGUUCAAGAGGCAUUUGGCACAGUUAUGCAGUUUGUGUUUACACUGCAGCAAUGGUCAAGCCUCCAGCCCAAGGACCUGCUAUGAAGGCAAAUUCCAGCAUGAAGGGAUGUCCGUCUACUGA